AUGGCGGAACCUUCUAACUCCGACACCAGCAUUUCGAAUCCGACAUUCAAAAUCCGAAAACUAGAGAUCUCCGACAAGAGAAAAGGAUACAUCGAGCUUCUCGGUCAACUCACCGUAACCGGAUCCUUAACCGACGAAGAAUUCGAUCAACGUUUCCAAGAGAUCAGCUCAUACGGAGACGACCACUUGAUCUGCGUGAUCGAGGACACGUCAUCCGGUAAAAUCGCGGCCACGGGGAGCGUGAUGAUAGAGAAGAAGUUCUUAAGAAGCUGCGGGAAAGUUGGGCACAUAGAGGACGUUGUCGUGGAUUCGGAGUUUCGCGGGAAGCAUCUGGGAAAGAGAGUGGUUGAGUUUCUUACGGAUCAUAGCAGAGAGAUGGGUUGUUACAAGGUGAUUUUAGAUUGUAGUGUUGAGAAGAAAGUGUUUUAUGAGAAGUGUGGGAUGUUUAAUAGAGGGAUUCAGAUGUCUAAGUACUUUGAUUAA